AUGGGAAAGAAAGCAUGGGCAAAGAAAAUCAAACUCACUUCAACCUGUAGGGAAGAAACUCCAGAAUCACCACCGCCGCGGGAAGGACAGCCGCCGAGCCCACAACCAGAACCGCAACUACCGGAGCCGACUCCUCAGGCGCCAACAAUGGUCUCAUUGGAUGCAAUGGCAGAAUUCCUUCGACAGCAGGACCCUAAUAGAUAUUGGGCGGCGGCGCUGGCCGGUUUUAGUCAAAUCGGGGGAAAAGGGAGCAUGACCGGAGAAACCCCAUCUGAACCGAUUAUGCAAUCCACGGUACAACCACCCAGCUCCAUUCUGAUUUCCUCCAAAAUUCCACUAGGAAGAGAAUCUCCCUCAAUUAUCGCACCGCCUGAGUCUGCGGAGCCCUCCCAAACUCUACAACAGAGUGAUUCGAUGGAGUUUGACCCCAUCUCCGCCCAUUACGAUUCCGACGCAGAAGAACGUGAAGCGAGAAGAAGAGAAGAGGAAAAGGGCCAGAAGGGAGGCGAUGAACCAUAG